GACUGAACAUGAAACAUUAAUGGUGCCACUCUCUUAAUACGCUUCCAUUUUAUAUCAUCGAUAAAACUCUAGCCAAUGUGAGGGUUUCGAGGCGGACCCCUCCUCGCAUGGAUGAAUCAGAUUCUCCAUAACCCUCUUUACCAACUAAAGUUUUUACACCCAACUUAAAGAACACCUCAUGACCAGGAUUCAAUGAAAAAGGAAAAAGAAAAUGGACUGGAGUAAAGAAAUACAACUUUAUUUAUCAGCAAUAUUUAUAAUAUUCAUUCAUUCUGUGGUAGCUCCUACACCACUGGCUUAUGUGCGAACAAGUGGAAAGCGAGAAAAGGGAUUAGGAAUCCAUCGGAUACCAGAAAGAGUAGAAGUUGCAGCCUGCAUGGGAAGAUGUCAACAAACCCCAUCAUGCAUCUGUGCCAGAAUUUCCAACACAGGAAGUGGCGUCUGUGAAGUUUUUACCAACCAGAGUAAUCCUAAUAUUCUAAAUCCUGAUGGUUUUGUCUACUAUGCAGCCGCUAAGUACAAGGAGACUUUGGAAACAGCAUGA